UUAUUUUAAAUUGAACUCAUGAAUAUAUGCAUAUGUGACAAUUGUAUCAGACAUGUAAAGAAAAUGUAUAUUAAAAAAAAGAUCUAAGGAAAGAAGGAUGAAAAAUCUUUCUAAAAUGGAUAUGUCAUAGAUCUAGUACUUUAAAAUAAAUAAACUAGAGCGGAUUAAUGAAGUAUUAACUUAUGAAAUAUAUGCAGUCAUUAUAUGUUGAUAUAUACAAGAAAAAAAUUAUUUAAAAAUUCCUUCAAUCUCUAGACAAUUGCAUACAUUAAAAAAAUAAUGAGAAACAUUUUUUUAAAGUAGAAAAUUUUUAUUAAAUUUUAAUUUCAUUAUUUUUUUUCUCACAUAGAGACGAUGAAGAACGAAACACAAAAUGUUCCAUGAAUAUAAAUAAAAAGAACAGGAAAUAUUUUAUAUAGAUUAUAUUUUAUUAAAUCUAUUAACGAAACGUACUAGUGAUUGAUAAUUACAUUUGUUCUUAUAAUAGACAAAUAUUUGUAACUUUUGAUCUGAUACAAUAUGUCCAUAUAUGUAUAGUGAUAAUUUAUACAAAUUUACAUUAUCCGACUUUGUGUCAUUUGUGAAACAAAGUGAUAAUUUACUUACGACUCAAAUUACCGUGAGUUCAUUGAAAGCUUCACAGAAAAGAAAAACGACGGAGAAUACUAUUUAUACCACUGACUAUGAUUUUUUUCUGUCGUAUGCGUCAGAUACGUCUAAAUCAAAACAACCGCUGACGUAUCUAUACGUCACGCGCGGAGUAUCGACGCGUGUCCGCGAAUACGUGAAAUUUUUGCGUAAGAGCCAUUACACGUGCGUACGGCCGCAGGCAGACGCCAGUCUGCGCCAAAAAUAACGCUCAUUGAUUUAGCGUUCUGAAUGAACGAGCUUACGACGUAGAAUGAGACAGCGAGCUCGUUGAGAAAGGGGUGCCGUUAUAUAUUACCGUCGAAGAGAAUGGCACAAUAUCCAGGAACGUGGAAGCUUCUUCUUUCUUCGAAUACUUCUAACGUAUAUACGCUCCGGAAUAGAUGGCGGACGUAGAAUGCUAUACCGCCUACGUACCACGGUUAAUAUCACCCUCGACUCUCGUGUCCGAUUUUGACCAUAAAUAAUCUAAAUAUUCCGCCAAGCCGCAACGACCGAUAGAGCCAGCUCCUGCUUUAUUAUCCGUUCAUACGCGAGAUAGCGCCGAAUGGCUUUAAUCGACAAUAUAGAUGCUGCGCUCGGUUAGACGGCUUCUGUGUCGUCAUUUGCUCGAACAAAGAUUUUCGCGUGCAUCACGAUUGCAGAUAGGUUUGCGAAUAGGAGCGCGAGGUGAGCAUUUAUUUUCUCGUGUUUUUGUUCCUUUUUUUUUUUUUGACGUUGCGUUGACGCCGCCGUCUCGAGAUUCGACGGUCGUUCGCAUAUCGCGAUGACAGAUUGCAUUCUCCUUUUAUUGCUCAUUUGCACAUAAAGAGUCUUUCAUCUCUGUAAUUUGCGAUGAAUAACUUCGACAUUGACGUCCAUUUCGGCCAGAUAGCGAGUUUGCGGCGUCUAGAGUUGAGUGCAAAGUUGAAGCAUUUUCCGGCUAUUGUUUGCUUUUCUACCUCAAUCGUUCAUUUGUAAAGCUCGCACUUGACAUUCCAUCUGGAAUACAAGGGUUAGAGAAACGCCGUGGCGUAAUCGCCUUGAAAAUGACGCCGUUGCAUUGCCGUCGCGCCACGACGUUGUACAGGAUUUUUCAAAUAUGGUUUUCUGUGUUCUAUGCUACUUUGUCACGGUAUCAUCCGUUUAUUGCGCGAGAAAAAAAUUAAAAAAGGAAUUAAAUUAAAUUUGAAUUUAAUGAUUGAAUUGAUUUUAAUAAUCGUUCAUAGAAAGUAAGAUUAUUCCGUGCGAAAAACUUUAUAAUAAAAAUUAGAAAAAUUAUAAUUAUUACUAUAGUGGUUUGUACAUAUAACCAUAUAAAUAUAAACGAAUGAAAGAUAAAGGGUGUAUGUCGCAUUAUUACGUAAAAAAAAGUAAUCGAAUAUUCCGAGAAUAUGCAGUUUUGUUCUGUCACAAUUAAUUUUCUCAUGUAGAGAAUGUGCAUUUUAUUUUAGGUAGAGAUGUAUUUGAGGUUUCUCAUAUUGGUAGAAAUUCUAGAAACCCUAGAAGUCCGAUAAUUUUUUUCUGCUGGAUCCCAAAAUGGCAUUUGAAGCGUGCUGUACAAUCACUGUUAUUAUUUGCAGCUACAUGCCUCUCGCGCUGUACGUGCGUGAGGCAAACGUAGAACCCCAUGCGUCUCCAAGUUUAUUUUAUGCUUACUACGCUUGAGCCUGCCUCAACACUACCUUCUCUUGUUGCUCCUAUACCUCUCUUUUGCCGUUCGUAUAAUGAAACGGUAAUUCCUCGUCGCACGUGGCUGAUUUCUUUACGAAGACGACGUUAGUAGUGGCUCAAGAGUGUCGUUUAAACCGCCGAAGAACAUGCCCGCGACACGUUCAUUGCCUGGGUGGAACAUCCGAUUUUAUUUACUAUCCGUUAAUAUAAUUCCAUUGAUACAAUUGCGUAAUCAAUUUGUGAAACGUGAAAUAUAUACAGCAAAUGUGUUAAGCGACUUUAGUUCGAGAAAUUUUCAGCAUUAUUUUCGCGUCACGUUGGUUUUUGCGCGGUAAUGACGUUGUCAAAAUUGUCCCGCGUCUCGAUUUGUCGUUUUGCGUCUCGCGCGCGGAGCGUGUACGACGAUAAAAAUGCGUCGACGAAAAUGAUAUCGAUCAGUGACAUUUGCCGUGGUCCAAGGUUAAAAGGCCAUCGUGAAAAAGCUGGUAUCGGUGAAGGAAGCAUUAACGAGGAGCGGCGGAUUAAUUGCGGAGACGAGAGAGCGAGAAGCGCGGUCUCUUGCUCGUGAAAUUUCCUUUUAUAUUUUUCGGCGCUCGGUCGAAGUUAAUGGGAGCCUGGGGAUACAGGGACACCGUUGACGUCAUUCAGUGCUCGCAACGCUCACCACUACAACGCUAAUCGGACCGCAUCUCUCGCGAGAUGCACUACGACGACUUUUCUCGAGUUAGUCGAUAGCUCCCCCCCGGCAGCAUGAAAACAGGACGGGAAAUUAGCUGCGGUUUCUAAAUUCUACUCGACGCACGUCACGGAUCAUCGGUGAUCGUCGAUAGUGCGCGUAGGUCGGGACACUGACGGAUUCGUUGGGUAUCCGCAAAAGCCACGAAAAUGCGCAAGAAGCUUCGCGAGCAAGAAAAUUCUGAUCGGAACCGGGAUCCUUUGCGCGACGAAACAGCAGCAUAAAAGAACGCAAACUCUACGUGCGUCAGUCACAUAAAUUAAAAAUUUCUCGUGACCAAAUAUUUUGUCGUAACGCGCAAACGGAUCUGCGCUUCUGCGACUCGAACGACGCUAUUUGUUUCGCUGCUCCGAGUCGAGUUCAUCGCAGUUUCAGCCGACGUACCGCGAAUCGAAUGCAAAUAUUACAUAUAUAAUAUACAUGACUUACCACAUAGCGAUUAUCAUUAUUUGCAAUCGAUCGGGAUUAUUGCUCUGCAUAAUGCCAGAUAUAAAGAAUUAAGGUAAUAAAUGUGCGUAUACGUAAAGUGUAACGCGGUGGUUAACGGCGCGGUUCGGUUAUGGCGACGACACGACGAUUUUGUUUUUCCACCGAAACGGGACGACCGUAGGAAUGGAUUUUUGCGUGGUCGCGUCCCAGACUACCGUCUACUUACGUGGGUAGAUAUAGAGUCAGCAACGCCCACGUCGUCGCCGGGUUGCUGCUGCCGCUGCUGCUGCUGCUCCUCUGCUCAGCUACGCUCCGCUCUGCUGCUGGCGUUGCCGGCGAGGGUGGCCGCCGUCACCGCCGCCACCGCGCGAAAAUGUCAGACUAGCCGGCUGAUACGUUACACCCACGCCCCGGAAAGUGGGGCAAAGUCGAUUCAUUCAUCCACUGAUUCAUAAGUGUGGGCGUAAGAACGUAAGGGUUGCGCGGGGCUGCUGGCGCACCCCCGUCCUCCCUCGUUUUGUGUACAACGGAGAUCCUUCCCCCUAUCACGGGCGGGAUAAAACGUUAAGAUUCUUUCGAGAUGCCCUCUUACCCGCAUCCACCGUCGUCCUACCGACUACGUCUUCCGCGACCUUCUUAGCGAGCUUUCAAGCUCCCCUUCGACGUAUGUUCCCGGGAGUGAAAAUCGCGUCGCGCAUCGCAACGAGUUUGUUCCCGCGAAAAUACCAUCGUGUGUAUGUGUGCGUGUGUGCGCGCGUGUGUGUUCAGAGAAUUAUACAAAUCGCUGUGAGAGUAUGUUUAACCACGUGAUAAACCGAUACAGGAUGUCGACUUUUCUCUACGUCUUACUGCUUAGGUUACCACAGCUUGCCGUUUUAGCGAAGAUUUUGUGCCUCCUGAUGGUGGUGAUGUGCGGGGCGGUGCCGGCGAUGGUGCGCUCCGUGAGUCUCUACUCGACUUGCAGCAGCGGCAAUGUUACCGUGAUAGGCCGCAACGUCAAAGCCGUGGGACACAAUGCACCCUACCAAAAGCUCACCACACAAUCGGAAGAUUUCAGUAGGAGGCUGUACAUCUUUGCGGAGAAGAGCCAACGAUACAUUUGCUUUAAUAAGCGGUGGAAACUCGUCGCCUUGCCGAAGAAACAGAAGGGACCGAUGUGCCAGUUUUACGAGGUAUACAACGGUUCCUAUCUGAGGUAUAGGAGCGCCGUCAACGACACGCGGUACAUCGGCUUCAACAAGUUCGGCAAUCCGAUGAAAAACCCCAACGGCAGGCAGGAGUGUUUCAACUUUAUCAAGUACAACCCCCACGCCGACAUAAACUACCACAACAGCCUGGUGAACGCGGAGAUGGGCGGGAUUGAUCCGCGGGAGCCGUACGUCGUCUCGAGGAAACCGUCGCCGGUGAUGAGGGCCACGAAGAAAAACUCCCUGUUGCAGGCCGACAGUGCGAGGGAGCACGUCCACACGUCCACGCAUCGCCAUCGGCACUCGAAUCGCUGGAAGAUGCGGCAGGACGGGGCGGACUCGAGACUCCGGAGACGGCACGAGAGCCGCCUCCUCGUCGAGGCCAGCAAGUAUUGAGCUGCGAGCGUACGAGCUCGCCGAUACUCAAGACUGCCUCCUCCGUACCCCGUGAGAACCUGAGAUCAGAACUGCCAAAUUACGCUGGUGGAUGUCGCACGGUCGGGAUGUCAGGAGCCCCCCACUUAAAACGGCGCCUCGUGUGUCGCGACUCGAAGCACCACGUAUUCGUUCGAUCGGUCGGCGAAUCAAGGGCGCGGCCGCGGCUCGCUCCGAAAACACACAAACACACACACACACACACACCCACACACUACACACGCCUUAAGCUGCGCCCGUUUAGUUUCCGUUUCCGCCCGAGCGAAGCAACGUUCCCGCGGCGGAGGACGGGUGUCGUCGUCGUCGAGAUUAGCGUCCACGAUCGGCGCGGAGGACCCCCGCCGAUGAAGCUGUCUCAAUUUCACGCGGUUAAGUUCGAUUUACACUUGCCCCGACUGACCCCUUCAGGCAAGUAUGUACCUCGUAAUAACGUAUAAGAAGAGCGUUUUCUUUCGAAUCGUUGAUUCCUCGUAGGUUUACAUAAUUCGCUCUCGUUAUCUCUCCGUCUCUCUCUCUCUCUCUCUCUCUUUCUUUUUCUUUUAUUCACCCUCUGUCCCUUUUCUUUCUCUUAGUCUCGUGACGAAGCCGAUUAGUAUAGUAAAAUACCUUUCUUUCGAUGUUGCGCGUCGGCCAUGUAAAUUCACUCGAGCCGUAAUCGCCCCGGUCGAUCGUUUGGCGACGCGAACGAAAGGAAUUCGACAUCGUAGCGCGUAACCGAACGGCUGCUGUGCUUCGAGCGCGGUCACCGGCCCGCGAUUGGUAGCGCAAGAAGACGCGCGGACGGCGCGGCGCAUCGCGCCGAUGGACAUGUGUUUCCCGAAUUUUGCCCGACAGUCGAAAUCGAUUCGUCCCCCCUCGGAUAUAUCGCGAGAUACAGAAUUGCUAGUAUCAUUUCAAGAUAUCGGUACAAUUGAGCGAUAUUUCCGAUCAAGGCACACAAUUAGACAUGUUUCGGAAAAAAAAGUGUCUCUUUCGUUUGUUCCUACGAUGAAAUCUCAAUCUCAAUGCGAUGUCCUGUCUCAACGAGUUAUCGGCGUAUCGUGGAUUUGUCGUGUGGUAACGUGGCACAAAAAAAAAAAAUCCAUCCGAUCGUCAGCGUGCUGCGAUCGGAAAUACGUUCCCAUCGGCGAAUCAAAGCGGGAACAGUCUGUCGGCGCUGGUCCAGCGAGGAAAUAUUUGUCACGUUGCGGACGCUCGUACGUCGCCACUCUUACGCUCGCCUGCGCAGUUAGAGCUCACGCCGCGCAAGACUCUCUCUCGCUCGCUGUGCUAAUUACGCCGCCUAACGUAGCGUGCGUGCGUGCGUGCCUGCCUGCUUGCCUGCCUGCCUGCCUGCCUGCCUGCCUGCCCGCCCGCCCGUCUGCCUGCCCGCGUGUAUGAGCAAUAAUGUGUGCGUGCCUGCCUGCGUGCGUGCGUGCGUGCGUGCUCGCGAUGUACACGCAGGCCUUACCGCCGCCGCCGCCGCCGCCGCCGACGCACAAACUCGCGCGGCGCGAUCGAUCACGAGUCCAACAACCGGCCGACAGUUCUUCGGGUCUUUCUUUGAUAAUUCACGAGUUAAUUCUCGCGUUUGCGCCGAACGCGACGAGAUCAGAUCGUGUCGGGAUCGUACCUUUCGGAAAUUAAAUACGAUGUCGUUGCGUGGCUUUGAAGUAGGAGGAACAAAAUGUUUCAGAUGCGGGACAUUUGAAGGCUCGAUGUAAGCAAGGCUGGGAGUGCCAUGUAUUAAGAAAAAAAAAGAAUUACUUUUGUAUUUAUAGAAGAGAGCUCUCUAAGCUGCAGCGGAAGGCUGUACGUGUAAUUUUUGAGAGGGUCCUUACGAGACGCCAGACGGAGAUAAAGAGUAUUUUUCCUAUACUUUUUCAAAUGGAUAAAAAUGUAGUUUUUCAUUUUUGUACUCUUUCCCAGUUGUUCGUCUGUGUUCCUCUGUCUCUCAAAUACAAGAUGACAUCGAUCGACCUAUACAAAUUGACGGCAAUAUUUUCUAAACGACUUCUCGAUGACGAAAUUUGUGUCCCGAGACACCUCUUCUUUCGUGCAUCUUCGAACGACGGCGAUCGGUUAGAACCUGCGUGUCUGCGUACGCGAGGAUAAACUUGUACUUGUGUGCAUUCUGCGUUCAUACGUACUUCGCCUCCGGAAACGCGUGUGACUGCGUGUAAUAUAAUGCAUUAUCGUUAAUGAACUUAAUCCUUAGAACGCUAUCGCAGACUGUAUUAUUAGGCUAGGUACAUGAAUAUAUGACGCGGUGACGACUCGACGAAGAGAGGACCAAGGUGGGGCGCCGAGUUCCUCGCCUCCUUCGCGAAGGGACUGCCUUGUGCGAUCUUAUUUUUCGCCUCUAUUUUCCGAGAUCGAGCGCCGAUUUCACGCGCCGUUUUAACUUUAGGCACAAGGAAGGCACCCCGAAGCGGUUCGUUUUCGUAGACUCGCCACGUAAGGAGCGCCUGUCCCCCUCUUUCCCCUUUCCAAAAGAAGAAAGAAAGAAAUCGCUCCCUAGGUAGCUUAUUUAUUGAAAUCACGUUUAGAUAUUGCGAAAGAGCCGAAAUGCCUGAGGACCCUUCGUUCCCCUUGUACGUAUAUAUAUGUAUAUGAAGAUAUGCGCUGCUCUCUCUUCAUUGUUUCUCAUUACUCAUCAUCACCCUCUUCCUAUCUCCUUCGUCUCACUAUUAGUCACAUUUCUUGAUUAUCAUUUCGCGUAAAACGUAUCAAGUCACAAUUGUUCGAUACGAUGUCACUAUUAAUUUAUCGGCUUUUAACUUAAUUUAUAUCUUCUUUCUGAAGAGAUAUUUUCGACGCAUUAAAAAUUCUCCAUAAAGAUACAAAGAGAUCGGAAGAGAGAUCGGUUGUUACAUUCACGUUUAAUAUUUCAUCACAUCGCUGUAAUAAGAAGUAAUACCCGAAUCACUCGCAUUUCCAAAAUCCUAAUUAACGUAUGUGUGCGCGUAUGUAUGUGUAUGGAUGAGUGGUAUGCGUGGUGCGCAUGUGUGUGUAUGUGUGUGUGUGUGUGUAUUUCGAAUAAUUACAAUUUAUUUAAAAAUUUUUUUUCUUUACUCCGCGUUCCUUCACCUCGUUUUAAAUUAUUAAAAUUCACGCUUUUUAUACACAAAGUCUGAAAAUACUCAAUACCUGAUUAAUUUAAUUGCAUACGACUGGCAGUGCAUAAGAAAGCUUAUUCCUAUGGAUGAUGUUUGUAUGUGUGUUAAAAAAAAUGUAGGGAGCAAUAUGCACGUAGUAACGUCACGUUUCGUUCGACGAAUCAAAAAUUUAACUUGCAACGCGUUUCACUUGUAAAUUGGAUGUAUUUUUAAAGCGUUUUAAAUAUAAUUAAAAAAAAAUUGUUUUCUCUCUUGACCUUUCUUUUACCUGGAGUUAUUUUUUAAUUAUAUUGAAAUUUGACUGUUUUUGUUGAUUCGUUAUCGGUACGUGGCGAGUGCAAACUAAGCACGAUAAGAUGUCGCGUGUAAACAGAAAUUAAAUACCAGCAGAUGACCAUGAGAAAGGCAUGAAAAUCCGACGCUUAUAAUUUAAUAACAGAUAACUAAUCUAACGUGUAUAUGUAUUGUAUUGUAAUAUGAGUGUUGUAACACUCCGCCUCUAAAAAUUAACCAACUCGUUUUGUAUGUGUAAACUUAGCGUCACGUAGCGAGAAUCACCGCGGCGUUCACGGCGAUGCGGAGAAAAAAAAUGACAGAAUAAUUUUUAUGGAGUAUGCGAGUCUCCUCGAAAGCGAGAUGUGUUUGUCAUUGACUCUGUCGUUCUACGUAUAUAUGUGUAAAAAAAAAAGCGAAGAAAGGCGUAUGCGAUUCCCGACCAGCGUCACUCUCGCGACCUCAUCGAGCUACUCGUAAUCGAGCCAUCUCGGGAUUACUUUCGGGAUCGGAGAGAAUUUCGUCGAUCGUUUGUUAUCUAUCGUCUAGUUUGUAUAUUUUUAUAUCGGCGGAAAGAAAUUUUGUUCGGUAUUUUAAGCUCUGUUAGCGUCACAUGACGUUUGCGGUCAUCUUAUCGUCGCCGCGUGACUCGAUUGCGAGCAGACCAUCACCGCCCGUCCCAGCCUUACACCCCUCUCCCACCCUCCUUUUUUUUACUUUCUCACCAUCGACGAACCUGAAAACGGCAGACGAAACGAAUAGAGAACACAAGAGAUGAAUCUGACUACCCUUCCCCCCCCCUCUCCCCCUCUCCUAUAGAUAGAUAGUAUACAUACUAAAUAAAAGAAGAAAGGUAAAGUAUAAAUAUUAUAUAUAUAAAUAAAAAUAUAUGAAAGAUGUGUAUUGUAAGAUAUUUAAUACCGACUUGUCUUAGGCACACCCGAUGACGAUCGAUAACAAUGAAACGAUGAUAAUAAUUAUUACAAUGAUUGUUGUAUAACGAACGACGACGAUGAUGAUAUUCUACACUGUAAUUCGCGUUGUAAUAUAGAGGCCCACCCGUUACCCACUAAAUCGAUGUGUCGAUGUACCCCCGGCCGUGCUGUGCUCGUGUGUGCGCAUUCCGAAGGGUGAGACGAGACCGAGAGGGUGAGAUCGUGUGCUUUGCAGGUGCGUCGCGCUUUGGACGGCGGCCAAUCACACAGCCGAACUGAGAUUUUUCUACGAGAAGGACCGGGAGCCACUUUCGUAACUGGCCGACGUUCAACGACCGUCGCACCCGACCGGGACGGGAAAUUAGAUCGGUUUCGAUCGCGCCUUUGCGCUGCGCGUUAAUCAUCCCGGCUGUAACGCGAAAGCUACACACACACACAUAUAUACACACACACACACACACACACAUAUUCGAACACUCACAUACACAUGCACGCGCCCGCCCUAUUUACGAUGUGCAGCAGCCUAUUACGAACGAGCAUAGUACGUCCGGCAGCAACUAGCAAUAAUAUAACAUUCCAACUUAAAUCGCAUAUGUACUGCGAAUUCUAAUAAUGUGUGCCGCCAUACGAGAAAGAAAAAAAAAACACUGUCAAAUACACGCUCAUACACUGCUA